UCGAGGGGGACGUCUGCCCAUCGCGGUCCCCUCCGCCGAACCGCCGGGCGGAAGGUCCGCAGAAGCUUGUGGGAAGGUGGCUUUUUUCAUUAUGUGUGCGUCAGUCAAAUACAACACUCGGGGUCCAGCCCUCAUCCCAAGAAUGAAGACCAAGCAUCGCAUCUACUACAUUGCUCUAUUUUCUGUUGUGCUACUGGGAUUAAUUGCCACUGGAAUGUUCCAGUUCUGGCCUCACUCCAUUGAGUCAUCAAAUGACUGGACCCUUGAGAAGCGCAGUAUUCAUGAUGUACCUGUAAUCAAGAUUCCUGCAGACAGUGCCAUUCCGGAACGGGGAGAUCUUAGCUGCAGGAUGCACACAUGUUUUGAUGUUUAUCGCUGUGGCUUCAAUCCCAAAAAUAAGAUCAAAGUCUAUAUUUAUUCCCUAAAGAAGUAUGUGGAUGAAUACAACAUGCCAGUCAGUCACACCAUUUCCAAGGAAUACAAUGAACUGUUAACUGCUAUUUCUGAUAGUGACUUCUACACAGAUGACAUCAAUCGUGCUUGUCUAUUUGUGCCAUCCAUUGAUGUUCUGAACCAGAACACACUGCGCAUCAAGGAAACAGCUCAGGCUUUGGCACAAUUAUCCCGUUGGGACCGAGGCACCAAUCAUCUCUUAUUCAAUAUGCUGCCUGGAGGGCCACCUGACUAUAACACAGCGUUAGAUGUUCCAAGGGACAGAGCUUUGUUGGCAGGAGGUGGUUUUUCUACAUGGACCUAUCGGCAAGGAUAUGAUGUCAGUAUUCCAGUUUAUAGUCCCCUGUCUGCAGAAGUGCAACUGCUAAAUAAAGGACAAGGUCUCCGCAGAUAUUUUCUCCUCUCCUCUCAAAUUGCUCUUCAUCCUGAAUACCGUUCAGAAUUGGAGGCUCUUCAAGCAGAGAAUACAGAAUCUGUGUUAAUCUUGGACAAGUGUACCAACCUUUCAGAGGGAGUUCCAUUUAUUCGAAAGCGUUGCCAUAAAAACCUGAUCUUUGAUUACCCUCAGGUCCUUCAGGAGGCCACAUUCUGUAUUGUUCUGCGGGGAGCACGUUUAGGACAAGCUGUUUUGAGUGAUGCGCUUCAGGCUGGUUGCAUCCCUGUUGUCAUAGCGGAUUCUUAUGUUCUUCCUUUCUCUGAGGUUUUGGACUGGAAGAGAGCUUCAGUGGUGAUACCUGAGGAGAAGAUGCCUGAGCUGUACAAUAUCCUACAGAGCAUACCCCAGCGGCAGAUUGAAGAGAUGCAGAGACAGGCAAGGUGGUUCUGGGAAGCUUACUUUCAAUCAAUGAAAGCUAUUGCUAUGGCAACUCUUAAGAUUAUCAAUGACCGGAUCUAUCCAUAUGCUGCCACAUCAUAUGAAGAAUGGAAUGAUCCCCCAGAAAUUAAAUGGAGCAGUGUAAGCAAUCCACUGUUUCUCCCAUUGAUCCCACCCCAGUCACAAGGCUUCACUGCUAUUGUCUUGACAUACGAUCGUGUUGAAAGUCUCUUUCGAGUGAUCACUGAAGUUUCAAAGGUUCCAAGUCUUUCCAAGUUAUUAGUUGUUUGGAACAAUCAGAAUAAAGUUCCACCAGAAGAAAUGGUUUGGCCUAAAGUUCGAGUUCCAUUAACAGUUGUACGAACCACAGAAAAUAAACUGAGUAAUCGAUUCUUCCCCUAUGCUGAGAUUGAAACAGAGGCUGUGUUAGCCAUUGAUGACGAUAUCAUCAUGUUGACCUCCGAUGAGCUGCAGUUUGGCUAUGAGGUGUGGAGAGAGUUUCCUGACAGAUUAGUUGGAUAUCCUGGCCGCCUGCAUUUGUGGGACCAUGAAACAAAUAAAUGGAAGUAUGAAUCAGAGUGGACCAACGAAGUCUCAAUGGUGCUAACAGGGGCAGCCUUUUACCACAAGUAUUUUAAUUACUUAUACACGUAUAAAAUGCCUGGGGACAUCAAAAACUGGGUGGAUGCGCAUAUGAAUUGUGAAGAUAUUGCCAUGAAUUUUCUAGUGGCCAAUGUAACUGGGAAAGCGGUUAUUAAGGUGACACCCAGAAAGAAGUUCAAAUGUCCAGAAUGCACAGCCAUCGAUGGGUUAUCCUUAGAUCAGACACACAUGGUAGAAAGGUCCGAAUGCAUUAACAAGUUUGCCUCUGUCUUUGGGACCAUGCCCCUGAAAGUGGUGGAGCACCGGGCGGAUCCAGUCUUGUACAAAGAUGACUUUCCUGAAAAGCUGAAGAGCUUUCCUAACAUUGGAAGCUUGUGAAGGCCAGCCAUGAGUGAAGUUGGAAAUUGGAAUCCAGCACUCCAGGCAGCAGCUGAUGCUAGGAAAAAUCUUAGGGACUGAAAGAAUCAUGCCAGGGAGUAUUACCGAGAGAGGUCCACAAGAAUUAGUGCUUUGUUCCUGAAAAGCUUUUCAACAGAGUGUAAAAUUCAAUGCAAAAAGAAGCAGUGGAGGUGAAUUGCUGCACCGGCCAAACUGAAAUGUUUGUUUGCUCUAUAAAGAUUGCAUGCAUAGGAAUAUACACAAUGCAAAGUUUUUGAUCACAGAGCAAAAAAUGCUUCUUCUCUAAGGGCUGUUGUUGGUCCAUUUUCAGACUGCUUUCUAGAUUUGCUGCCCAGAUGCCAGCCUCUUUGGCUGGUGUGCAAGGCCUGCGUUAGCACCUUUUCAAAUACAUUGUAAGCAUUAAUUCUUUUUUACUCGGUUUAAAAACAAAAAGAAAAUGUGUAUUGAUGUUGGGGUCAUUUUUAACGUUACAAGAUAAUUGAAGUUGAAUAAAGCAGCAGUUCUUAUUUUUCUUUACAUUAAGGUAUCUGGUUGUUAGUAAAUUAACACAUUUCAUGUUUUCCAUUAUUUCUGCUGAACAGAAGACUGAAUAAUAGAAUACCUUCAGAUUAGACUGCAUUUUAGGUAUAUAGAAUGACUAUUACAUUCUUGGGUAUUUUGAUAUUUCAAAAUACUGCUUUCCUUAGCAUGUUGGGACAGUUUUCAGUUGAUCAAUCACUAAAUUAGGAAUACAUAAAAAUGCAUUUUGUACUUUGGAGCUC